CUUCCCCAAGCCUCUCUCUCUCUCUCUCUCUCUCUCUCUGUAGAUUCUGAUUCUGAACUUUAAAUUGAAGAAAUGGCGAAAGGUACUAAAGGGAAGCUGACGAAAUGGAAGUCGGUUAUAAAGAGAUGGCAUUCAAUUACGAGCAAGCAGCUCCAACGGGACCGCCCAAACGCCAGCUCUAUAGCCGCCGCGCACGACGGGGACUCGGUGGCCGGCAACCUUCGCGCCGUCUACGUUGGAAAGUCGAGGCGGCGCUACCUCAUCAGCCCCGACCUCAUGGACCAUCCUCUCCUCCAAGAGCUCAUCGAGAGGUCGUCGGCUGCGGGCGGAGGUCCUGGCGGCCGCCACUCCCACACCGUCGACGACGUAACGCUGGCCAGCUGCGAAGUCGUGCUGUUCGAACACCUGCUGUGGAUGCUCCAGAAUGCGGAUCCUUAUCCCGAAAUCGAUUCUUCCGUGGACGAGCUCGUCGACUUCUAUGCCACUUGUUGAUCGAUUGAUGGAUCCAUGGAUGAUCCAGUACCAACCGCAUCCAUUAAUCCCUUCAAACACUCAAUUCAAUUCAAUUCAAUUCAAUCAAUAAAUCAACCUUCGAUCCAGCAGCUAGCUAGGACGUAGAUUGAAUUUGAUUCGAUUAAUUCACUGGUACUGAUUAAUGCCCAAUGCUGCGAAAUUUGUAAAUUCUUUUUUUAUCUUAUAAUUUUUAAUUUUAAUUUCCGAUGGAUCGAGAUUUUGUAUUAAUAAUGGCCUAAUUGGUCAAAUCAUGGAGGAAAGUUAAACAUGCAUGUAUCAGUGACGGAGAGAAUUUUGAGUAAUGAAUGAAUUAAAGGCACGCAUGCGCUAUGCGCUCUGAAUUGCA